AAUGGAUGGAUAAGAUGCACAAUAUAAACCCAGAAGAUUGAAGCGACAUUGGAUUGAAUUGAAUCUUCGAUGCAGUUUUGCAAUCAGUCCAUCUCCGUCAACAGGCCUGUGAUUUUCUUCUCCAAAAUCUGGAAACCGAAAUCCAUCCUCUGUUUCUCCAGCUCGCCUGAGUCACAAUCAUCUCCACUCGCUCUCUCUAAAUCCCUUCAACUCGAAACCCUAAAAAUCUUAGAAUGGGGCUCAGUCUGCGACCAACUCUCCUCCUUCACCUCGACCUCCAUGGGCCGUUCCACUGCCCAAAGCGCCAAUGUUCCUUUUGGCCGAACUCUGGAGGAGAGCCGGAAGCUUUUGAAUCAGACUGCUGCGGCUGUCGCUGUGAUGGAGGUGAUGCAGUGUGAGGCUGAGCCACUGGACCUGUCAGCUGUCGUGGACGUAACAGAAAUUGUGGAUUCUGCUGUUUCCGGUUAUUUGCUCACGGCGAGGGAGCUUUGUGCUGUGAGGCGGACCUUGAGAGCGGCUAGGGCACUGUUUGAGAGGUUGAAGGAGGUAGCUGCUGCUGGUAUAGCAAGUUCCCAGAGGUGUAAUCCUCUACUUGAAGUACUUCAGAGUUGCAAUUAUCAGAUGGAGCUGGAGCGAAAAAUAGGAUUUUGCAUAGACUGCAAUCUUUUUAGAAUCCUUGAUAGAGCAAGUGAAGAUUUGGAGAUCAUUAGGUCUGAAAGGAAGAGGAAUAUGGAAAAUCUGGACUCUCUGUUGAAGGGAGUUGCAGCUCAGAUUUUUCAGGCUGGGGGCAUUGACAAACCUCUGAUAACCCAGCGGCGUUCUAGGAUGUGCGUUGGUGUUAGGGCUUCCCACAAAUAUUUGGUUCCAGAUGGUGUAAUUCUAAAUGUUAGUAGUUCUGGUGCAACAUACUUUAUGGAACCCAGGGAGGCAGUGGAAUUGAACAACUUGGAUGUCAGGCUUUCCGACUCUGAGAGAAUUGAGGAAAUAACAAUCUUGAGUUUGCUUACCUCAGAAGUAGCAGAAUCAGAAGAAGAAAUGAAGUACAUGCUAGAUAGGGUUCUAGAAGUUGAUCUUGCUUUUGCCAGAGCUGCUUAUGCUCAUUGGAUCAAGGGAGUCUGUCCAACUUUAACUGCUGUUAGCCGUGAGGAUUCAAAUACUACUGGAUCAGAUCAUUCUUUGUCAGUAGAUAUUGAAGGCAUACAACAUCCACUGCUCCUCGGGUUGUCUCUAAGCAAUUCAUCAGAUGCCAUGACGUCCAACUAUGAUGUAUCAGCUGAAUUUAAUGCGGAAAACAGUCUAACAACAUCAGGGAAUACAACAGAAAUUGUAUCUGAUUUUCCUGUGCCAAUUGACUUCAAAGUUCGACGUGGAACAAGUGUGAUUGUAAUCUCAGGACCAAAUACAGGAGGGAAAACUGUGUCCAUGAAAACUCUUGGUUUGGCAUCUCUAAUGUCCAAAGCUGGCAUGUAUCUGCCUGCGAAGAAGCAUCCAAGGCUUCCUUGGUUUGAUCUUGUGCUGGCUGAUAUUGGAGAUCCACAGUCUUUGGAACAAAAUCUCUCAACUUUUAGUGGGCACAUGUUGUGGAUUUGUAAGAUCUUGGAAGUGGCCUCAAAAGAAACACUUGUCCUCAUUGAUGAAAUAGGCACUGGAACCGAUCCUUCGGAAGGUGUUGCUCUUUCUACAAGCAUAUUGCAGUACCUCAAAGACCAUGUUAACUUAGCCAUUGUAACUACUCAUUUUUCCGAUUUAAGCUGCCUGAAAGAUAAGGACAAACGAUUUGAGAAUGCAGCUAUGGAAUUUUGCCACGAAACCCUACUACCUACCUAUCGGAUCCUUUGGGGAAGUAUUGGUGAUUCAAACGCAUUAAGUAUUGCUAAAUCAUUUGGUUUUGAUACCAAAAUAAUUGAUCGUGCCAAAAAUUGGGUGGAGAGGUUGAGUCCAGAAAAUCAGCAGGAGCGGAAAGGUCAGUUGUAUCAGUCGCUUUUGGAGGAAAGAAAGAAAUUGGAAGUUCAAGUUCAGAAAGCUGCAUCUCUUCAUGAAGAAAUAAUGGAUCUUUAUUAUGAGAUUCAAAAGGAGGCCGAUGAUCUUGAUAGCCGUGAGAUCGCUUUGACGGCAAAGGAAACUCAACUGGUCCAACAAGAAUUGAAUACUGCAAAAUCACAGUUAGAAAUUGUAGUACAUGAGUUUGAAGAUCAGCUUAGAACCGCCAAUGCUGGUCAACUUAAUUCACUGAUUGGGAAAUCAGAGUCUGCCAUCGCAUCCAUAGUUGAAGCUCAUUGUCCUCGUGACAAUUUCCCUGCCACUGAAACUAAUGUAACAUAUGCUCCACAAGUUGGAGAGCAAGUCUAUGUGAAGGGACUGGGAGAUAAGUUAGCUACUGUGGUCAAAGCACCUGAGGAUGAAGAGACUGUCUUAGUUCAAUAUGGUAAGAUAAAGGUCCGAGUAAAGAAAAGUCAUAUUAGAGCUAUUCCACGUAGCGAAAGCAGUAAUGCGACCCGCUCGGCCCUACAUUUGAAGAGACGGGUACAACUGAGACAAAAAUUCCAAAGUACUUCAGAGGCCAAAGGUGGUGGUGAUGUUUAUGGCCCUCGGGUGCAAACAUCAAAGAAUACUGUAGAUCUAAGGGGUAUGAGAGUUGAAGAAGCUGCUCUCCAGCUGAACAUAGCUCUCACUUCCAGAGAAUCGCAUUCAGUUCUCUUCAUUAUACAUGGGGUGGGCACUGGUGCUGUAAAAGGUCAUGCACUGGAGAUUUUAAAGAGCCAUCCGCGUGUUGCUAAGUAUGAACCUGAAAGCCCAAUGAAUUAUGGUUGUACAGUUGCAUAUAUCAAAUAGUACUAGUUUGUUCAAACAUUGAAUCAUUAGUUUAUUGGACAGACAUGAAAAUGGUAUAACAUUAUUGUUAAGGAUGCCUUCCCUACAUAUAUAAGCCGUCGGGUAUUGUUGAA